CUGACGUACGCAGUACGCAGGUGUGUGAGCAGCAGGAGGUGUGUGCGGAGCGCCAAACUGAAACUUUUUACGCACCGUGCCGCCGCUUCACAUUCACAUCUUUCUCUCUUCCUCUCGUGCGCAACAAGUGCUGCGGCCGUUUUCCCGUUUGCACCAGAUUACAAUGGAUUAAUAUUUCCUCGAGAGCCAUGCUCACGGUCUUGGUUGGUCUUGGCUCGCGCCGCCGAGUCCUCGCAGGGAACCGAUCCGACUUGGAUGCCCUCCAUUCCCGUUUCCUUUCCGCAUUCCCGCAGCCGCCGUGCGCAAUGCAGGCGUGGAGCUCAGAUCCGUGAUCUCAACAGAAAAAAACCGGUUCCUCCGGCUAAUCUAGCCAACUAUUGUUGGCGGUGCAUUAUGUUUCCAGCCAGAGGAAGAGAGGAAGCCCGGAGGACUGAACGGCUAUUCGCUGUAGGCGCUAAAAGGCCGUUUUCAACGCACUGAAAGCCUGAAACCGCGUUUUAUUGAUCGGUGUUACGGUAAAACCUGGAACAACCCCCCCGCCGCCGCGCUCCUUCAUGUCCCGGGAUGGAGGGCUGCUGUCGCGCCUGUAUGCCGUGUUUGAGCGGGCUCUGGAACUGCCUAUGGCCGGACUCCCGCGACCCGGACGUCCCCAACAACAACCAUGUCAUUGCCAACCCAGCCGCGGAGACGGCGGAGAUCCGCACCGUGUCCGGGGACAUCCGCGUCCCGUCGCCCAAGAAGCGGCCGGUGCAGCUUUACGCGGCGCUCUUUGACUUCGAGGCCCGCAGCGACGACGAGCUGACGGUGAAGGAGGGGGACAAGCUGUCGGUGAUCGAGAAGCGGGGGGAGUACGUGCUGGCCAAGAAGCUGACGGGGUCUCUGGAGUCCGGACUGAUCCCGGCCAACUACGUGGCUCUGCUGCAGGACGAGUUCGCCAAACACAAGUGGUACUAUGGGAAUAUAAACCGUGUGAAAGCUGAGAAGCUGCUGCUAGCUUCCCAAAACAAAGAUGGCUCCUUCCUAGUUCGCAUCAGUGAGAGUCACAGUGACGAGUACACAAUCUCUGCCCGAAAUGAGGGGAAUGUGUACCACUUCAGGAUCCAGCGCUCCACCAUCGGGGCCUACUUCGUCUCAGAUAAGAUCUCCUUCUCUACGCUGGGAGAGCUGAUCUCCUACUACCAGAAAUACCCUCGCAGCCUAGGGGUGCUGCUGGAAGAGCCCUGCACCCAGCAGCGGGAGCUGUUCGACAUGGAGCCGUGGGAGAGACCUCGAGAGGAGUUCAGACUCCACAACAAACUGGGAGAGGGACACUUUGGAGAGGUGUGGGAGGCCAUGUGGACCACAGAGAACAGGAAAGUGGCCAUAAAGACGCUGAAACGAGAGGACACGAAGCAGGACGAGUUUGUGAAGGAGGUUCAGGCGUUGAAGAGCCUCCAUCACCCGAAGCUGAUCCAGCUGCUGGCCAUGUGCUCCAGGGGAGAGCCGGUCUACAUCGUGACCGAACUCAUGAGCAAAGGAAGCCUCAAGUCUUACCUCGCCUCUGCUGAAGGCCAGGUGCUGACAUCAGCUCAUCUGAUCUACAUGGGCAGUCAGAUCGCCGAGGGCAUGGCCUACCUGGAGGACCGAAACAUCGUCCACAGGGACCUGGCUGCCAGGAACAUCCUGGUGGGAGAAGAUCUCAUCUGCAAGGUGGCCGACUUCGGACUGGCUCGGAUUAUAAGGGACAGUGUGUAUACAGCCAGUCGAAACACAAAGAUCCCGGUGAGGUGGACAGCUCCCGAAGCAGCAAUUUACCAGCGCUUCUCUGUAAAAUCAGAUGUCUGGUCGUUUGGGGUCCUGCUGUAUGAGAUGAUGUCACGGGGCAAGAUGCCUUAUGAUGGAAAAAGCAACAAGGAAGUGUUGGAUCUGCUGUCAUCGGGGUUUCGGCUGCCCUGUCCAACGCGCUGUCCUCCGAAUAUUUACCGCAUCAUGAUGGACUGCUGGGCUGCUGAGCCCUCCAAGAGACCCUCCUUCCACGCCCUACACAGCCAAUUGGAUUCAAUAUAUGCCAGGAUCUAUUUUAAGACUAUAGAAGUAUAGAAAGAAGGAGAUAUGGAUGAAGAAGAGGACAGUGAGAGCCAAUUGUGAUAACUGGUCACCGACAGCAGCAUGGACUGCAAAUAUGAAAGGGAUAGGUAGGGAAGGAAUAUUCUCCUCCCGCAUGAAAUCCACUUCCACAACAGGGUAUAUGUACUUUAAAAAACACCAAGGUGUGACAGGACAAAGAGAGGAGAGCAGCAGACCGAACAAACACGGGUGAAAUGUUCAAGACGGAGAAGAUGCUCACCAAGUCAAAGAGGAAAUAUAAGGAAUACUUCAUUUCUUAAGCUAAAAGAAAGCAAGAUGGACAGAUACAAUUUGUCUAAAAAAAUAGUCUAAGAAAGGUGUGUAAAUACACUCCUACAUAAAAAAACACUGAACAAUAAAACCCUCUGCACAUUCACAGAACCAACUGUUUUUAUUUUUAUACCCUUUUGUGUUUUAUAAAUAAUAUUUUAUUACUGCGCCAUGUCUGAAUAUAUGCACACUUUGAAAUGUUAUAAUAUCCUAUGUCAAUUGUCUGUCUUUUGACUGUGCUAAAAUCGAGGUUAUGUGCAAUAAUGAAGUGCUUGCUGAGUUUUCAGCCAUGCUAGCGGCACAGUGCUCCAGAUGCUGAUGUGGCUCGCUCUGUUGCUUCACCACUUUGGGUUACAUUGAAAUAUCUCAACACAGGUUGAACUGAUUGUCAUGAUAUUUAGUACAGACCAUCACACUCCACAAAGGACGACUCUGGUGAUCACAUCACUUUUCAUAUAGCGCCACCAUCAAGCCUUCUAUCUUGUUAUGAACUAAUGAACAAACUAUUAUCAGAUUCAGCUGAUGAUUAAAUGAUAGGAUAAUUUAAAGGUAUCACUGAAUGAAUGCAGAGACCAAUAACUCUUUCAUUCAACAUGUGGCAUGCAAGUAUCCAAAUCUAUCACUCAAAGGAAUAGUUUGACAUUUUGGAAUAUGUGCUUCUGGUGGUUUUGUGCAUUCUCGUAACAGUGUGGAAGUGUUAUUGCUUUUACAUAAAUAAUUUAUUUGAACAAGUUCUGAAAAAAUCUAUCUACUCCUAGCUCUUGAUGUAGAUGCUGCGAUGGUUGACAGUGUUUCCUUUAGAAUUGUUUUCUGCAGCGGGGGUGGGGGUGUUGAACGUCAAAAAAAGUAACAUUACCUUAAAACAGCGUACGUAGAUUCUUCUUAGCAUCUCACAUCACACUUUGAGUCACUAUGACCACUACUGCUACGGUCAGAAACAUUGACUGUGCCAAAAUAUGAACAAUAACGUCGCUGUCAACGGGCAUAUCUGCUAAUGUUAGCUACCGACCGUUGGCUUAAAACCAUCCAGCAAAUAGACGGUGCCGUUACUUGAAACAGGUGAUUAACGUCCAGUUACAACUAGAGUGCCUAUGUUUACACCACAGACGGUCCACAGACUACUUCAAACCAUGGACUGUAAAGAACUACAAAAAUUAAAAAAUGAAGGCAAGAAGGCUCUUUGGGGGUGGGGGGGUGUUAAACAAUGUUGCAAUGCAAUGCAAUUUUGAGAACAAUGCAACUUUUGUCUAUUAUGCAUGAGAAUAUACAGCAGACAAAGCCAAGUUCAGGAAACUUUAGCCAUAAUCACCAAAUCACGAGAUUGAGGUGUAUGUGUUAGGCUGAGUACCAUCAUGUACCAAACACCAGUAGUGCAAAGAAUAAAAUAUUUUAAGUAU